UUCCUCUGUAUUGCUGCAUGGCUUGAGACGUGUCUUGAAAGCACAUUAACCGGUAGGGUCCUUUAAUAUGAAAUGCUUAUAAGAGCCCUCGUUUGUCCUUUCGAGCAACCUAAACUAGACAGUUGGAUUCAUGGCUGGAAUAACAAAAGCGAUGUCGAAGUUUCGCUUAGCGGUUGUGCAGCUGCAUGUGUCAAAGGUCAAGACAGACAACCUGAGUCGAGCAAAGAGGCUGAUCCAAGAAGCAUCAGGUCAAGGGGCAAAGGUGGUGGUUUUACCUGAGUGUUUUAACUCUCCUUAUGGGACCGGUUUCUUCCCGGAGUAUGCUGAGAAGAUCCCAGGUGAAUCGUCACAGGUUCUGUCAGAAGCAGCCAAGGAGAAUGAGAUUUUCCUUGUUGGAGGAUCUAUUCCUGAGGAAGAUCAGGGGAAGCUGUACAACACUUGCUCCGUCUUCGGCCCUGACGGAAGCCUGCUGGUGAAACACAGAAAGAUUCAUCUUUUCGACAUUGAUGUUCCAGGGAAGAUACGUUUCCAGGAGUCAGAGACCCUCAGCCCUGGCAGUAGUUUGUCUAUGUUUGACACACCAUUCUGUAAGGUUGGUGUUGGAAUCUGCUAUGACAUCCGCUUUGCAGAGCUUGCUCAGAUCUACGCUAAAGAAGGUUGUCAGCUGUUGGUAUACCCUGGGGCUUUUAACAUGACAACUGGGCCGGCCCAUUGGGAACUGCUGCAGAGAGGGAGGGCAGUGGAUAACCAGGUGUAUGUGGCCACUGCCUCCCCAGCCAGAGAUGACACCGCCUCAUACGUGGCCUGGGGUCACAGCACUGUCGUCAAUCCCUGGGGAGAAGUGAUUACAAAGGCUGGAGCCAAGGAAGAAGUUGUUUAUGCUGAUAUUGAUCUCCAGUACCUGGCUGAUAUCCGUCAGCAGAUCCCCAUCACAGCACAGAGACGGACUGAUUUGUACAGCGUAAGCACUGUUCAAGAUGGCUGAAGAAUCCCACCCCAACAAUCAGCCAUCAUCCCCAUAUGGAGUUAUUGCUAACGUGCACCUUAAAAGACUGGAUCGAUUGUGGUACCUGAUGGCACGCGAUUCAGUCAAUUUCAGGCAGUGUAAUUAAAGGAACAGUUAAAUGUCAAGACACGAAUCAUGUGGAAUGAAAUGGAUGAUAGUGCCUUUAAUGAUGAGUACAUAAUUAACUUUGUUUUGAAACAGUGUACAGUAGUGUGGUGGUGUCUCUUUUAGCAAGAGAAAAGUAACAGAGUUGGUGCUAAUCAGGGGUAAUAUCAGUGAUCCCUGGGCAUUGUUUGAUAAAAACAUGUUUUGAUGAUCGUAAAGGAGAACUUAAGAACCCUAUGAACCAUGAUUCUGCAGACCUGAAAGUCAAAAGGGUUUUUAAAUUCUAUGCUUGAUUCUGAAAUUAUUUGAUGUGUUACCCUUCGAGAGGAUGUGACUGAGCCAUGUUCAUGCAAUGAAUUAAAGUGUGGAUUUACUGUAGUCAACUGUU